AUGCUAUACGGAUGCGGUGCGGCUUGGAGAUCUGACCGGAAAGCGGCUGGUUUAGUCUGGAUCUUCACUGAUGACACCUCCAAAGAAAUCACUCGCUGCUCUCAGUUUCAGGACGCCGUUGGGUCUCCGCUUAUGGCUGAAGCUCUUGCAAUCCGAGGCGCUCUUAUACAUGCUUCGUCACUCAAUUUCUCUCAAAUCUGGCUUCGCUCAGAUUCUCAAGGACUGGUCACAGCCAUCAACGCGAACCAUCGACCGAUUGAACUCUUCGGGAUUCUCUUGGAUGUCGCUUCGCUUAUCUCCUCUAAAUUUUCUUCUGUUUCAGUUUCGUUUAUCUCAUGUUUGUUUAAUGGGCAUAAGGAUCUCCUGGCUAAGGCAUGUCUUUGUAUGCAUUAA